CGAGUUGCCGCCAUUUUGUGAUCGGCGCCAUUAGUCUGUGCGGCUCGGAAUAAAUAAAGAUCUAGAUAUCUAACCCGAGAAGAAGUUCUCGUGUGUUUAUUUUUUAUUUAUUUAUUUAGAAUAUAUCUCUGCUUUACCCGACAUUAAACACCUAAACAAGCCACAGAACGAGCGCCAUGUCCGAGGAGCAACACGUCGGAGAGGAGGCGGUGUUGAAGAUGGAGGAGGCGGCGGCAGACAGCUGCGGAGAGGUUCAAGCAGUGGUGGAAAGCGCCUCCGGAGACUCGGAGGGAGCCAAAAUCGAUGCCAGUAAAAACGAAGAAGACGAAGGGAAAAUGUUUGUAGGUGGGCUCAGCUGGGAUACUACAAAGAAGGAUCUAAAAGAUUAUUUUUCCAAGUUUGGAGAAGUUGUAGACUGCACACUAAAAUUGGAUCCCAUCACUGGAAGAUCACGGGGAUUUGGCUUUGUAUUAUUUAAAGAAGCAGACAGUGUCGAUAAGGUGAUGGAGCAAAAGGAACACAAACUAAAUGGAAAAGUCAUCGAUCCUAAAAAAGCAAAGGCAAUGAAAACAAAAGAACCUGUUAAGAAGAUAUUUGUUGGAGGCCUUUCUCCAGAUACACCUGAAGAAAAAAUUAGAGAAUAUUUUGGUGGUUUUGGAGAGGUUGAGUCAAUAGAGUUGCCCAUGGAAAACAAGACAAAUAAAAGGCGAGGGUUCUGCUUUAUAACAUUUAAAGAAGAAGAACCUGUGAAGAAGAUCAUGGAAAAGAAAUACCAUAAUGUUGGACUAAGUAAAUGUGAAAUUAAAGUUGCCAUGUCCAAAGAGCAGUAUCAACAGCAACAGCAACAGUGGGGAGGCAGAGGUGGUCUUACAACAAGACCACGUGGAAGAGGAGGUUCAAGCCAAAAUUGGAACCAGGGGUAUGGAAACUAUUGGAAUCAAGGAUAUGGCAACUAUAAUUACAGCUAUAAUAACCAAGGCUAUGGAGGAUAUGGCAGCUAUGAUUACCAUGGUUAUAACAACUACUACGGAUAUGGUGACUACAGCAAUCAGCAGAGUGGUUAUGGCAAAGCUCCACGGCGAGGUGGUCACCAAAACAGUUACAAGCCAUACUAAAAUAUAUUCCCUACUUUUUAUAAGCAGGUGAAGGAGCAGUAUUUCACAUCAUGCAGAAGAUCCUCAAAGGAGGUUUUUAGACUAGACUGACUUUUUUUUGUCAUUUUUGUGUUUCGUUUGGCCUUGUAUGUUUCAAUCAAGUCUUUGUUUAUUUGUGCACUUACUUUUUUUAAUUUUAAUAUAAUACUUUUAUUUCCUUAUUGCAAACACUAUGCUUAUAAAGCAGCCAACAGUGUGCUGUAUAUUUUUCUUUAUUGUGAAGUCAUGUUUUUGAGGUAUAUUGUGAUAAAAAGUGAAACACAAUUGUGUACAUUUUUUAAAAUAAAUCUUUUUCUACAAGGA